AUUUGUUUGUUUUGACUUCCCACUGAAUAACCUUGUGGUUGCGCUCCUCACCAACUUUUGUAGGUCAACUACUAAAAAGUUACCCAUGACGGAGGACCCAGAAGACAAUGAAAAGCCUAAGAAACCUACAACACACGAUGAGCGUGGUGCAGCAGAUCUGGAACGUGUUACUGAUUACUUUGAAGAGAAGGAGCUUAGUGUUGGCCUAGAUGCAGUCAAAGCUGUGUCAGAUACAGCUGGUGAUGCUGACAAAGCUCAGAAACAAAAACUAAUGUUAAAGAUUAAAGUCAAAAACGAAGAUGUGUCACUCAUUAUAUCAAUAAAUGAUUUGAAUAUGUACAGGGACGCUGUUUCCUGACCACUGGCAUUUUCGUUCAUCUCCACCACUCUCUUGAUUAAACCAAACAAGUGCAACACACUGGCUUCGCCCAAGCUGAUAUAUGCAACUUUCAUUAUAUACGUCCAAUAUAGCUUACUCUCUGACACGACUGUACAGUUAUUCUAACAUAGCUUUCAAUUACUCCUUUUCAUUUCCGCAUCCUUAUUUAGAGCGUAACAAGUGUGUUAUGUCUUCUAGACCACCAUGUACAUAAACCAAUGCUAGUCAGUGAAAAAGUUGAUACUAACCAGCGAAGCUCGUGACUGUCCGUCUGAAAUAUGCGGCAAGUAAUUGAUGGAUUUCCCAAUAAAGUCUCCAGUUCAGAAACCAUUAAACUGGUGGCCUAAGGUAGACCACAAAGACGCAUUUUACCACCUGUGUUUAUUGAUUCCUCAUAUCCCUGUUUAUUACCGUUGUGUUUUGCAAAAGCAACGACUUACGACUCACAUUAGCCAAAGUGGCUGUUUUGUGAGAUGUCCGCUCUCUAUGGAACUGACACGUCCUUAUAAACAUACUUCUAGUGUCGUGGCAAGAACUAAGCAAUAGGUGCCCACGGAACGGAUUUCUAUGCUUUUUCUAGGGUUAGAACUUAGAGUGGAUGUUUAAAUACAGCAAGAUUUUGCUUAAAAAUGGGUUGCAUUGCCUGGCAACACCUUUUAAGAUGUAAUUGCGUAUUUCGAUUGCACGUUGGAUUAAAAGACUUGUUUUUCAUUUCAGUGUCAAGAACUCGAAGUUAGCAAAUUUACGGCGGAACGAUGUCUAAAAGAACAUCAGGGCAACGUUUUCGAAACACUGGUCGCACUGUGCAAAUAGCCAUGAACAAAUACUUCUAGGCGCCACAACCAAGACUUAUUUCAAGCAAUGGUCAAUACAUUUAGGAAUUUGAAUUUCUAUUAUGUACAUCAUUUGAGUAAAUGAGAAUGGUUUCUGUACAAUAAAAACAAAGAGUCAAUUAAAUAUCGUUAUGUUU